AUGCCACCAAACAUCCGCUGCGCACUGGCAGGCGCGGUACUCACGAAGGGGUAUAAUCUCAAAGCAGACUACAUUAUUCACACCGUGCCCCCCAUAUAUCAAGACUCUGACCCGGAGCGAUCAUUGAGCAUUUUGGGGGAAAUGUAUGCCGCAGUCUUGAGGCUGGCAAAUACCAGGAAGAUGUCCGCGAUUGCAUUCCCUGCUAUUGGCACUGGCAAGGCGGGUUUCCCAUAUGCCAAAGCUGCUCAGGCGCCAGUCGGGGUGGCAGUUUUCAGCGAGCCGUACUUUGCAAGUGAGUGGCCGAUGCGCGAGCUGAAGAUCCUCAUGGACCGGGAAUCGCUGCUGCCGGUAUUGUAUAGCGACAUGUCAUAUGCGGACAUGAAGGCUGCUCUCAAGGACAGCCCACACAAGCACACCUCUGGGCAAGCCUGGGACGACUACGUGCACAAGGUCAUGAAGACAACAUAUGUGCGCUGGAAUGGCGCAUACACAGAGCCGCUGCGGCAGGAGCUCUGUUGGCACAUUGUGCGCAUUCUGGCUACAAGCGUUUGCCCAAAGCUUGCUGACAGCAUUCGCACUGGCAUGUUCCUCGGCAAGGUGCGGGAUGCUGCAAGGAAGCUGAUAGAAGAUAGUGACAGUAGCCCCUUCCAGGAGUUGAACUGGGGUCAAAUCAGGACUGCCAGGAAAUGGGUUAGCAAGCUUGAUUCUCAGCUGGAAGCAUGA